AUGUCGGAGAGCUACAGGGAAGCUUCUGCAAGCCUUUUGCAGGUCAAGGUCGUUGGCCUAGAUGGUGCAGGACUGGAGGUCGCCGUGCCAGAAGACCUUACCGGCAGUGAGCUGCAAGAGAUCAUCCGUGCUCGAGUCGCCUCCAAAGCGGGUGCCCGAGUCGUUCUGCAGCAUGGAUCUGAACUGCUCUCCUUGAAGAAGCCCCUGAAGGAAUCCUUUGGAGAUGACAGAGCACAUCCUCAAGUGACCUAUCUUUACUUGCCAGGUGGCUUGCAAGAGGCUUGGAGAUUCCUGAAAGGCCUGCCAGUCGAUCAUCCACCGGGUGCUUUAGAAGGAGUGACUCAACUCGAAUGGAUUCACGACGUGAAUCAGCUAAGGCACCUUCCAGAGAGCCUUCGGAGUCUCACACUUGGUGAUGGAUUCGGGCACAGCUUGAACGGGGUGACGUGGCCCCAUAGUCUUGAGAAAUUAAAGUUUGGAAUGCAAUUCAACCAGAGCUUGGAAGAUGUGACUUGGCCCAACAGCAUCCAGAGUUUGGUCUUUGGCCAACAGUUCAAUCAGAGUUUGAAAGGUGUCACUUUCCCCAGCAGCCUUGAGAAUCUGACUUUUGGUGAACGUUUUGACCAGAGUUUCGAAGGCGUUACACUACCGGACGGCCUGCAGCAUCUGACGUUUGGUCGCAGAUUCAAGGGAUUGAAUGGUGUGAGUUGGCCGAGUAACCUUCAGAGCCUGACAUUGGGCGAUCUAUUCAAUCAGAGUUUGGACUGUGUGAUUUGGCCAGACAGUCUCCAGAGUUUGACAUUUGGUUUUCACUUCAAUCAGAGUUUGGAAGGUAUGACUUGGCCACGCAGUCUUCGAACCUUGACAUUUGGCAGUUGCUUCAAUCAGAGGUUGCAAGGAGCGAGUUUACCCAACAGCCUGCAGCAUAUUCUCUUGGGCGACAAAUUCAACCAGGGUUUGGAAGGGUUGAUUUGGCCCAAGAACCUGCAAAAUCUGACAUUUGGUUCCAAGUUCAACAGAAGCUUGAACACUGUCGAGUGGCCCCACACCCUCUGCAAGCUGACCUUUGGCAGUAGCUUCAACAAGAGCUUGGCUGAUGUGAAUUGGCCAGACAGUCUCCAAGAUUUGACAUUUGGUUUUUGCUUCAACCAGAGUUUGCAAGGUGUCAUUCUACCCAAUGGCCUUGAGAAGUUGAGCUUUGGUGAUAGGUUUGACCAAUUGCAAAGUGUGACUUGGCCUGCCAGCCUCCGCACUUUGAGAAUCGGCGGUGAUUUGCAUCAAGUAACCCAGCCUGCUGCACGGGACAAUCAAUUUCAGGAGAGCUUGAGAGCUGUGACUUGGCCAAGCAACCUCCAGACGUUGAAUUUUGGUGAGCAAUUCAAUCAGAGUUUAGCUGGUGUGACUUGGCCGGACAGCCUCCAGAAUUUGAAUUUUGGUGAGCAAUUCAAUCAGAGCUUGGCUGGUGUGAUUUGGCCAGGCAGCCUCCAGACUUUGACUUUUGGUGACAAAUUCAAUCAGAGUUUGGCUGGUGUGAUUUGGCCAGGCAGCCUCCAGACUUUGAUUUUUGGUCAGCAAUUCGAUCAGAGUUUGGCUGGUGUGGUUUGGCCGGGCAGCCUCCACACUUUGACAUUUGGCAUGCGAUUCAAUCAGAGUUUGGCUGGUGUGGUCUGGCCAGGCAGCCUGCAGAAUCUGGCCUUUGCGGCUUGUUUCAAUCAGAGUUUGGAAAGUGUGACAUGGCCAUCCCAUCUCCGCAGCCUUACUUUUGGCACGUGGUUCAACCAGAGGCUGCAGGGUGUGGAUUGGCCCUGCAGCCUCCAGACUCUCUCUUUUGGCGAGAAUUUCAACCAAAGUUUGGAAGGUGUGAUUUUGCCAGACAGUCUUGAGACUUUGGUCUUUGGCCUACAAUUCAAUCAGAGUUUGGAAGGUGUAACUUGGCCUGAGAGCCUUGAGAAUUUGACCUUCGGCUAUUUCUUCCAGCAGCGGCUGGAUUGUGUGUCUUGGCCCAGCAAGCUCCAGAAUCUACAAUUUGCCAGAGUCCACGCAGGCGCGCCUUUUCCCCAGAGCCUCAAAAGCUUGCGCGUCGGACGUUUGAAGUUGAGUUUGCUUUGA